CCUUCUUUUUCCCAUGGUCCCCUCCUGCGCUGGAGUUACACUUGGCAUAUUCCAUGAUGGCGGCGCCCAUAGUGCGGCACGGGUUUCUCUUGGCCCGGAAUGUGGCUCUGUCUCAGUUCUCCCUGGCAGGUAAAAGAUGCCUACUCUCUGCAGCUUAUGUGGACAGCCAGAAAUGGGAAGCAAGAGAAAAAGAGCAGUGUAAUCUGGCUGACCUGGCCUCCUUAAUGGAUAGAACAUACGAGAGAAAGCUGCCUGUCAGUUCUUUAACCAUUUCUCGGUUUGUGGACAACAUUUCAUCUCGAGAAGAGGUAGACCAUGCUGAAUAUUACCUUUACAAGUUUCGUCACAGUCCCAAUUGCUGGUACCUGAGAGACUGGACCAUGCACAGCUGGAUCAGACAGUGCCUCAAAUAUGGCGCCCAAGACAAAGCCUUGUAUACUCUUGUCAAUAAGGUACAAUAUGGAAUUUUCCCAGAUAACUUUACAUUCAACUUACUCAUGGAUUAUUUUAUAAAGAAAGAAAAUUACGAAGGUGCUUUAGCAGUGGUUUUCCAGAUCAUGCUGCAGGAAGACUUUGACACACCCUCCACUCAGCUGCUUUCACUUUAUGUUUUGUACCAGUGUCUGGCAAAGAAGUCAGAAUUCACUUGGGAGGAAGAGAAAAAUUUUGGAGCAUCCUUGUUACUACUGGGUCUAAAACAGGAGAACCCUGUGUACUUGAGUUCACAGUUGUAUGGCUAUGCACUUCUGGGGAAAGUGGAAUUGCGCCAAGGGCUGCGAGCUGUAUUCCGGGAUAUGCCCUUGAUGUGGACCCCCGGCUAUCUGGACAGAGCACUUAAAGUCAUGGAGGGCAUGCUGUCUUCCCCAGGAGACAUGAAGUUGUGUAAAGAAGCGCUGGAUGCGCUGGAGACGGUGCUGACGUCUCUGCUGGCUUCUCCAUCAGAUGGACCUCCCUCCGAAGGGGCUCAGGCAGCUGAGGUCAGGCCCCAGGAAUCAGAACCCAGGGACCAGCUAGACGCAGAAGAAAGCGAGCAGUCCAAGCUCCCUAAAUACAUGGACCAGUUUAAGUUGUUACGCUCCAAGCUUGAGGCUCUGGGCAGAGUGGAGCCAGAGGCCCUGUUGACCCUGACGGCCCAACUGGUACAGGAAGAGCUGCCAGCCUGUGAGACAGAGGACAUCCAGAACUAUGAGCAGAAGCUAAAGCAGUGGGAGCAGGAACAGGCCGAGCUCAUUCAGAGGGAAAAGACAACUUGGGAAAAGGCCCGACGAGAGCAGGAGGCCCGGAAAGCCUCCAAAGCGUCUGCCUGACUUCCUGCUUUCCAGUCCCAGGCACGCUGUUCCUUUCUCCCACAAUAAACUGAGGUCCACACAUCAUUAAUACCAGCUCAGGGCAGUGACGUUUACUGCUCCUCCCAUCUUCAUCUUUCCUUAACUUACGAAUAGUAUGCCCAGAGAGAUUGCCCAGGGCCAUACAUCUAGAGAGUGUCAGCAGCUAGAUUUGAACCCAGAUCGUCCUUCCUUCAGGCUCUGGACUCUAUUGGCUGUUGCCCCAGCUGCCCAUAGACUGUGCUAUGGCACAAACCCUCAUCAUUCUCCUUGGAGCCACGUGACUCCCCCUCCUGCACAGGGGAAGACAUCUUUGUCUUCAUGCAUAGGAAUCACCACAACAGUUUUUCCUCCAGUAACCUUUAGAAUGAAAGAAGUUCAAAGAGCAGGGAACAGUUUAUUCAUAAAACCCAACCUUUAUUUUAAGCCAUUUCCAAGGACUUCAGUUGCCAUUCAGUGCUAUUGCUAUAGACACCACCAAGGGAUAGAAGCAGUCCUGGCCUUCUGAGCGACUUUGAGCAAUUCUAUGUCCAAACCCCAGAAUUUCCUGACACAGUAGAAGGAGUUUUGGAUUUGAAAUCCAAAUUCUGGUUCUGCCACAAACUGUGUGAUCUUCUGUAAAUCACCUGAGCUCUUUGAGUCUCAAUUUCCUCCUUUGUGAAUGGGAGAAUUUCUUCCAGCUAUAGUCAUUCAAUCAGUCAACCAAUAAACAUUUAAUAAGCAGCUACUAUGUGCCAGGCUCUGUGCUGAACUAUAAACUUAUGACCCUGUGAUCACUGAAACAAUGUUGUAGAAGUUCUUUGGAGACCACCUUUUUAAAAAUUAUUUUUAUUUAUUUUGUGACAUAUUUCUCAGUUACAUGUAAAAAUAAUCUUACAAUCAUUUUUUAAAAUUCUGAGUUCCAAAUUCUCUUUCUCCUUCCUGCCUUCCUUUCCCCACCUCUAUGAGAAGCAAGCAAUUUAAUAUCCAUUAUACAUUUGAAGUCAUGUAAAACAUUUCCAUAUUAGCCAUGUUGCAAAAGAAAAAACAAACAAAAUAAGUUUUAAAAAAAUAAGCAUCAAGUUCUCUCCCUAGAGGAGGAUAGUGUUUUUCAUCGUGGGAUGAAAUUAGAAUUUCAUCUCUGGAAUUAUCCCAGACUGUCAUCUUGAUCAGAGUAGCUAAGUCAUUCACAACUGAUCACCAUACAAUAUUGUUGUUAUUGUGUACAAUGUUCUAGUGCUCUCAGCUCACUUCACUUUGCAUCAGUUUAAGUAAGUCUUCCCAGGUUUUUCUAAAAUUUACCUGCUCAUCAUUUCUUAUGCCACAGUAAUGUUUCAUUUCAAUCCUAUACCACAACUUAUUCAGCCAUUCUCCAGUGAUUGCACAUCCCCUCAAUUUCUAAUUCUUUGCCACCACAAAAAAAAAAAGCGCUGCUCUAAAUAUGUUUGUACAAAUAAGGCUUUUUUUCCCCCUUUGAUCUCUUUGGGAUACAAAUCUACUAAUGGUGUUGCUGGGUCAAAGGCUAUGUACGGUUUUAUAAACCUUUGAGUUGUAGUUCCACAUUGUUCUCCAGAAUGGAUGAAUCAGUUCACCAACAGUGCUUUAGUGGGACCAUCUUUCCCUGAGGGCUCAAGUUCAGGUGGAGGCUGGUGAGAAAGAGGUGGGAUGUUGGGGAAUUUAUAUCAGGAUUGUUUUAUCUAUAAAUUAUUGCAUUGCAAAAAGAAGACAGAUGGAGGAGAUCCAGGUUGACACUGUCCUGCAUCUCCCAACCAUCUCCUGGAUUUGGAGCCGCAUCCACUGCAGUGAGCUCCUUUUUCUAUUUCUGUUCAGGAAAUAGCCCACUGGAGGCUUUCAGCUUCUUAGCAAAAAAGCUUAUUUCAGGGCAGCUAAAUCUCUUUAGGAGGAUUCGGUAUCUUCAAAUAUAACAGCUUGGUUUGGCAGAAGUCCCCAAACAUUCCGUGUGCCUGCAGUCAUCUUGUCAGGAUGUGCCCUCACUGACCAGGUACGGCUGAAUGUCUUCCUCACAGCCACUGCUUUUUUAUACAGUCACUGCCCAGUCUGAUUGAGGCCUAUGGGAAGAUCAUCAGUCAAUGUAUUUGGACAGCAGUCAAAACAAGGCCGUAAACUCGGUGUUAUUCAGAAUCUCCAUUAGUGGUGGGUUAGUGAGUUUUGUUUUUUGGUUUGUUUUUUUUUUUACUCUUUUCAACCAUAAAAGAACUUUUUAAGCAUAGCAUCUGCCCUAGCUUGUGAAACCACCCCAUCCUGGCUGACUUGUUGUCUUGCAGACAUGUUUUCUUUGAAGCAUGGAGCUCUGCCACCAACUGAAGAAGGAAGGUCAACACUUCUCACUCCCAAGCCACUCUACACAAGAGCAGGCACUGGAGAGAGAAAAAGAGUUUGAGCAGAAUUUCAAAUGCAUAGGAGAAAUCCAAUUCAAAAUUUGAAAAAAAGGUCAGACACUGUGCUAGGUGCUAGGGAUAUAGAGAAAAAUUUUAAACAGUCUAAUUCUUUCCAUAAUAUAUAAGAGAAACAAUUCUUACUUUAAAAAAUUGUUUUAACUGUCUUGGGUUUGAGGAGCCUUUUGAUUGUUUCUUUCCUCUAAUAAAAAGCUCAGUGAGAGCUUUUUCCCACUCUGAAGUAAAGCAACACGUUUUCAUUUCAAAUUGUUCCCUCGUUGCCACGAGAUAAAAGUGAAUAAAUGUUUGAGGAUUCUUGUAUAGGCAUACAUACUUCAGACAUUGUGGGUUCAGUUCCAGACCAUGGUAAUAAAGCAAUAAGACAAUAAAGUGAGUCACAAGAAUACUUUGUCUUCCCAGUGCAUACAAAAGCUGUUUUCUCCAUACUGUGAUGUGCUAUGUGUGCGAUAGUAUUACAUCUAAAAAAAAAUGUAUAUACCUUAAUUUUAAAAUAUUACUAAAAAUGUUAACCCUCAUCUGAGACUUCAGCAAGUUGCAAUCUUUUUGCUGGUGGAAGGUCUUGCCCUGAUGUUGAUGGGUUGGGAUGGCUGAGCCAAUUUCUUAAAAUAAAACAACAAUAAAAUUUGUUGCAUAGA